CAUGCCCCACGGUGGUGCCCUGGCGGUUUUUAUGCCCACCUUGCGGUCACCCCCGGCGCAGAAGACAAGCAGGCAGGCUCGAAGCCAGGAAGCGAGGCGAGAACAAAGCCUGACAGAGUUUUAUUCCUCCACAGCUGAGCUACUACCGCGCGAUGGACGUACACUUGGUCUUGGCAACGUGUGUCCUGGUGUUCGCACCUCAGCUCUGCCAAGGCGCUGACUGGUCAUACACAGGCACUCAUGGGACGGAUCACUGGCCGACUGAUUUCAUGUCAUGUUCUGGAAGCCGGCAGUCGCCAAUUGACUUGGACAAUGGCGAGGCCAGCCUAGACGACCAUCUGAAACCGUUUUCUUUUGAGGGCUUCGAGCCACACACGCAUACUUGGAACAUUGUUAACAAUGGACACACAGUCCAAAUAAACUUCGUGAACGAAACUGCCAUUGUCAGCGAUGGCAGUCUUCCAGACAAGUACAUUGUACGACAACUUCAUUUCCACUGGGGAGAAGACGACGGUCAAGGGUCGGAACACACUGUCGACGGGAUGGCGUACCCCAUGGAGGUUCACAUCGUGACGUACAAGUCGAGUUACGGCAACAUCGUGAAUAGCCUGCAACACAGUGAUGGUCUCGCUGUCCUUGGGUUUUUCUUCGAGAUCGGCAGCACGCAUAAUACCCCCUUUCAAAAUAUUGUGAACGCUCUGCAGCAUGUCAAAAAUCCAGAGGACACCUACGCCAUGCCGUCCUUUAACCUCCUGUCGCUCAUUCCGGACGACAGAGAAUACUACCGCUACCUGGGUGGCCUGACGACACCCCCGUGCAGUGAGGUCGUCAUCUGGACUGUCUUCAGGACACCCAUCCAAGUUUCUGCUGAACAGGUCGCUGCGUUUCGAGAUCUUCUCUACGUCGACCACAGCAGCCACGCCAGUCUUCCAUUGACAAACAACUACCGCCCGGUCCAGGACCUCAGCGGCAGAAAAAUUACCACCACCUUUGAACCUCCAAACUCCUCCACUUCCAGUCUUGUGGGAUCAUUGGGCUCGAUAAUUAUGUCUUUAAUCACCGCGGCCUUGGCACGCCUUUGAUAGUUGAACUUUUAAACCUCAAACGUUUUAUUUUCUAAUUACCAAACUAAGGCAACUUUAAUUUAAGCGAAGCAACUUUCUUUUAUUUUUGUUUUUGAUCAGUGAGUAAGCAUGAAUAUGUGUAAUUUAUACUAGUUGUCUGAAAGAUGAAAGUUGUAGUUAAAAUAUUUGAAUUUGGGGAGCAUUCAGAUUUUGUCUGAAGACGACCAUUGCUCUCGUGUAUUACAUUUUUAAAUUGUUAAAUUCUUAGUCUUCCCUUCAACCGGUCUUUUAAAAAAGUUCUUUCUACAGGUGUGGAGUUUGUUGGACUGAAUGUCAAUGUUGACGUUACCAUGGAAACGAUUGCGAAUUGUGAGCGGAUAGUGAGAUCCUCCAGCCUUCCCUUCCCCUCCCCAUACGACCCUUCACCCCUAAAAUCUUUCACAAUGUUGAUUUUUCUUUUUUAUUAUUAUGGGUCUAUUUUUUUUAACUAGAAACGGUGCAAAAAUAUAAUUGUAAAAAUAUGCUGACAGAGCUCUUAUCUUUCUCAUGGCAAGUGUGCCGCCGAAGUAUUACUCGCUCUUUCUGCAAGAUUUUUGAAAUUGUUGAUGAUUUAAAGAGUUUACGAUUCUUUUUCAAGAGGGCCUUUAAAACUUACUGAAACAUUGAAAACUUAAUUUCUGGCAAAAAAGAAUCUAUUAUCAACAGUUUAAAUGAGACCAAAAAAACAAAUAUAUUUUUAUUACACCAAAAGAAUUUUAAACUUGGCUGCUGUGUUCUCUAGUAUCAGUACAAUACCCUGUUAAUUACAAUUAGGCAUCUACUUACUUUUGUUCUCCACAAGUCUAAAUACUAGCUAUUUUUAUGUAUCUUAUUUAUGUAAAUAUCUCCACAGUACUUUAGUCGAAGAGGAGCAUUCUACACACCUUUCGUGCAAUAUUUGGUAGCACUGAUUUCCUCUGUUGUUACGGACAUGUAAGAUGUAACCACUUUUAUUUCUGUACAGCACCAAGCACGAGAUUACAGACUAAGAUGCACGACCCAAAAUAUGCUCAAUUACAUGUUAUCCUAAUUAUUUAGUUAAUAAUUAAGGGGUUUAGUUUCGACGCCGCUGACAAAUAUGAUCAAUAAAAAAAUAAACUCAACACUUGACCUAUAA